AUGCUGUCUCGGGCAUUUUCCGUUCAAGUACAUCUGUCUCGUGGUGGCAGUGUGUCUAGGUGGCUUCUAAGGGUGGAAAUCGUGUAUAGUCUGUGGGAAUAUAAGGCUCUACGAGUUUUCAGGCUGGCAGAGGAGGCCUUGCUGCGAGAAGCGAAGAGAGGAGCACAAAGGGCUGAAACCUGUGGGCCAUCGGGAUGGUUGAAAAACAGACUUCCUUCAACAAAUAAAACUUUCCUUCAUAACACAAUUUUAGGGGCACUGGCAGCCAACAAAGCUCAGGAAAGGAAAGAAAAAAAUCAGAGUGAGCGAGGAAAGAGAAAGAGGGAGCAAGAAGAAAAGGAGAGAAAUACAUAUAAAAGACUGUACAUACAUGCAAGCACCAAGACAAAAGCUUCACUUACAAACACAGGUAGAAAACCCUCACAACAUGAAGAAGGCAGUAGAGAACCAAGAGAGAAAGGUAAAAAUGAAAAGUUGAUGAUAUGGAGUGAAAAUGGCUUGGAAAUCUCAUCGAGCAACAGAGGUACGGAAAAGAAGAAAUCAAAAGACAGUAAGAGUGCUUUAAACGAUGUCUCAUCAAGGAAGGACAGAUCAAAAAUUUUAUCAAGAAAUAUAAAUUUUGUUUCAAGUACUUUGGAAGAUGAGACAGAAACUUAGCGGACAUGAAACCUCGUGAAUUCCCAUCCUCAUAUACAGAAUAUUUUUAAUAUAUGAAUACAUACAUACAUUUUCUACCAUUAUCCAUUAGUGAAUAGAAAUGUUUUUUCAAAGUGUAACAGGGAAUAAAGCCAAGUAAACAGUCUGAAAUAUAUUUUUGAAAUUAGUGCACAUACAUUAUAUUUCUUUUGGACAAUAUUCUCCACAUGAGAACUGAUUUUUUUGGGGUGGAGAAUUUUAUUUGUAAAGAAACAAGAUUAAGGAGGUACAUGAGUAAAAACAGGCUCAGAGAUAACUCCAGUCUUCAGACCUUCAUAUCUGGAGUUCAUGUAAAACUGCAAUGCCCAGAAAGCUCGUGUUCUACUGCAUCUUGAAAAUCUCAAGCAGCACAAAAAGAAUUGCAGCAGGCCAAACAGCCUUGCUGCAAAUUGCCAGAAGAGGAUUUAUUCUUUCAGCAAGAGCUGAAUAAAGUGUGCACAAAGACCUUUAUUGCACUUGUCCAAGAUGAUCUUCCUUAGGUAUACAAUGACAAAGGUAGUCCAGUUACCAAAGCUACAAGUGCUUAUUAUUACCUUUGGACAUCUAGCUAUGGAAGCUAUUCAGGGUACAUACAAUGCAAGAGUACCUAGAUUAAUUAAUAACAGAUAUCAGGAGCCAGUAAAGUUACCAUUAGGCAGUGCUUUGACCUUUGAAAUCAAAGAUUGCUUUUGUGAAAUGCAUGGUCUGCAUGAAUGUUUCUGUCAUUCAAGCCUUUAGGGACCUGUGAAUUGUACAAGCAUAGGAAGGGAUAUUAUUCAGUGGGCCACAUUGUAUGAGGACCUCAAUGAAAAACACCCAUGCCAAGUAAUAGAAGGGAAGAGAAUAUAAGUAAGACAUUCCCCCAGACAGAAGAACCUGCUAUUUUCAGUAAAAUGCAUUAUUAACCCUUUAUUCACAGGCAUGAAUAUAGUCUAUCCUUCAUGAUGGGGAAAUGUGUAUACAUUUCAUGACUCACUUUAGUGAGUAAACAGUGAAUGCCCAGCUAGAAAGGCUAGAUGGUGUCCGAAACUGUUGUCUCACUUUCCUCAAUAAUCUAGUUUGUGCAUUGUGGAUUUUUCUACCAUAGUAUCAACAUGUUAGUGUUUUUCCAUUCAUUACUUCACAUAUAAAUCUGGCCCCAUCAUUGUAGGGCGAAUUUUAAGUAAUUAAUGGUGGACCAAAGCUGAUUAACAGUAUGCUGAAGAAGGCAAGACCAAUGUAUGCACUAUGUGGGAGAUUCAAGGAUGAUUAAAUGAAUAGUUAAAUUUGUUGUCAGGGAGCCACUAACAAUGAACAAGGGCUGAGACUAAUGGGUGUUCAGACUAGAAUGUACACCAAGUAUUCAGACCCACAAAACCACCAAAAGAGGUUUGUCACCUUACUCAAAGAGGUGCCUUGCAUUCCUGGUGAAAAGGAUAUGGAUGGGACUCUGCAACACUAAAGAGAUCAUUUUCCCCAAUUCUGUCCUUCACAGCACAGCCAUUCAGCAGAUUGCUCCCACUGGUUGAGGGAAUAAAUGGCAAACAUUCAGGUGGAAAGUAAAUAACAAUAUCUCAAAGUUGACAUACUAACUGUGGAUGGCAUGACAUGCAUGCCAUGUUCACUGUAAUUUUAGCUUAUUUUUUGUAUUUACACACAGACUGUUCCACAAGUGCUUAGUCACCAAGGAGUCUGUUGAUAAUCAUAUCUCACGUGUUUACCCUUUCCAUUUUUAUUAUUAUUUAAAGCACAUUAUAAUAAUUAUGACAAGAAUAACAAUAAGAGCAACGAUAUUAAAAAGCAUGAGAAAAAGAAUGAGGCUUGCUCACAAGAGCCUACUAAUUGAGUCCUUGUGGAGCCAUCUGUGCACAAUAAAAUUUACAAAAAUCUACUGUGGACAAUACAUGUACCUGUGGGUGAUGGGUUAAGUUCAGGUAAAGAACCCUUAUGUGGCAAGAGAGGAAUGCUGAGAGAGGGUAUUAGCAAAUUUUUCUAGAUUCACGUCCAGGUAUAGUAUGUUUCUUCAUGGGGCACUGUUCUGUGCUGCUAAUUAUUUUGAAUUCUUGAUCAAGUGUUAUUUUGUACUGAGUUUGAAUACUGAAAAUUUUAAGAAUUUGAAUAAAAGGAUUGUUAUCUAGUA